AUGUCGGACCAACCUCGGACAACAGCUGGGGGCGCGGCCGCUCAGGAGCAGGCCGAGGCCCACGAACCUCAUGGUGGUGAUGCCCGCGCCUCUGGUGCUCCCUUCGACACGCGCCGUUUGGUGCCGGCGGACGAAGCCCCCGAGCCCUCGCACCGGCAUCCUCCACUGGUAGACGCCCGGCCAGCGAGCACUGCACGCAAGGCCCACGCCGACCCCGGAGGGGCGACAGAAAGGAGGAAGGAGACUGAACGCUUUCGCAAGCGACGCCUCGGGCUGCUGAGGAAGGCCGAGCAGCUCCGUGCCGAUUUUGGCGUCCAGGCGUACGUCGUGAUCCACAGGGGCGACCGGUACUUCACAUACACGUCCCUGCCAGACCAGCCCGACUGGCCUCCCCCGCCCACGGUGCUUGUGAGUGGCCAGGCCGACGAGAACACCAAGACGACGUCCUACUGA